UAAAUGGGUUUGUUGGAAACUGGGGUGGUAUACCCCAAUAUGUUUUUUUAAUGGAGAAAAUGAUGAACAACUAGUGGAAAUAGGUGCACGCCCUUUUCAGACACUCCGAAGGAUUUAUAUAUGUGACCACUUGGAUUCAAAGCCAGAAUAUCACCCCCUUGUCAUCUACAAGGAUGCAGGGAAAGAUGAAAUAUUGGCCCCCUCUGAUGGGCCAGGUCAUUCCUGUCUUGAAUAGGAAAACCCUCUGGCAAUCAUGGCAAUAGAACAUCCCCAAUUUAUCAAUUUGUGGAUGAUGUUCCCAUUCAAACCUUCAUUUCUAAUCAUUUCUAGGGGAUUUCCCAUUGCCAUGUUUCAUGACACCGGAGGGUAAGCCAGGGCAUAACCCUUCAUCCGGCAGGUUGCCUGCAGCGCCGACUUCGGCAAGUCAGCUGCCAGCCCCUGAGGCUGAGAAAGCGGUUCGAAGUAAAGGCUCUGCUAGCAGAGGUAGAGAAGCACCAAAACAGGACUCUCAGCUCAAGGUGCCGGAGAAGGCUUCCAGCAGAUUGCGGGCGGCCUCAGCUGAUUCCAAUGCCUCCUAUGUCUCGGCAGUGUCACAGCGUGGUUCCUCGGUCCCUGCCCCUCCUGUACAGCGCUUGCAGGAACCCGCUGCAGAGCCGGCCGUAGAGGAAGCAUCACAGGGCUACAAACAGCGGCGAGCAAUGUUGCUGGCUCAGCAAAGAUAUCGGGAAAGCAUGUCCUACGGCCGACGGCGACAGAGUGCGCUGGCGCGAAGUGGAGACAAUGCCACAUUCCUGUCCUUUGCAGAGUACAGGAAAGCCAUGUCUUAUGGGGCUCGAAGGGCGCAAGACUUAGCCGCUGACAGUGUGGCCUAACCUUUGGUGACGGCAGACUGUUACCUCCAUGGUGCUGUCACUGCUGUCAGCCACAAAGAACCAACUUCAAGAGUUCAAGAAUCUUCAUCGCAAAGCAAGCUUUGCAUGAAAUCAAGGCUUUUGUAGCCAAAAUGAAAUCCAGCGAUUUGAAUCCUUGAUCGCAAAAUGCGAUUUUUAGAGGCUUCAUAUCUCCCGAGAAAUCAACACAAUUAUGAUUGACAAAA